AUGGAAAACAGAGUUAGGGCCCUGUCUUUCCCCAACCUCUUGUAUUUCAUAAUCCUGGUGUGCAUUAUCCCUGUGGUGAGACCAUGUCUGCAAUGUGACCACAGGGUCAUGCUACUUCAUGAAGACUUCCUAUUGGCUGCGGCAUCUUCCAGUGUAGAGGAGCAGAUAGAACUGAAGAAGAUCAUGGAACAUGCCGUUGUCACCUACAAAACCACUAGUGAACAGAUGAGUGGAGGACUUAUUGAUCUUACCACCCUCUACAGGGCGAGUACAGAAUACCAGAGUGAGUUUGACCGUUUCCAGGACAGCCAACUUUCAGGGCCUCUGACAUUUGAGGCCAUUCAGAUUCUAGAGAAAGGCAGGAGGAUCCUAGAAAAACACCUACAUACGUUUGUUCAGGACGGUCUCUGCCCAAACAAAUGUGGGGAGCUGUUUCAAAGAGUAAUGAACUGCCUUUCCUGUCAGUACAAUCUGCACAACUGCCUCUCUACCACGCAAGACUGUGGGGAGUUUCUGGUGGAGGCAGCAGAAGGAGGACAAGCGGUGUUAGACUGUUUCCUCCCCUGGCAUCGUCUGGUGGUGGGCCGGCCAGAGUACCACUACACCUGGGCUCCAGGGAGGCACAGCCCCUCAAAUGUAAGAUACAAGGACACUGAUUUCAGAGUUCUGGUGGUUACUGAGGAUUCCUCUAUUGUGCUGAACCAGCUGACUGUUGAUGAGGCGGGAACGUACCGCUGCUUCCUGACGGAUGCCAAAGGAACUCUCCUCUCACGCACAUACUUCCUGCUUAGUGUCACCCUGUCACCUGUCCCAACUCCAAGGUCCCUACACACUUUGCCCACCCUCUCUAAUGGUGAUGAUGCCCCUCCCCUUCCUCAGCCUCCCACUGAUCUCCUGCAGGUCAUCAUUGCUGUGGUUACUGCCCUGAGUCUGACUGCCAGCCUUUGCCUUGCUAUGGCCUUUAGAUUGAUGAGUUUAAGACAAUGGAGAAGAGAAGAAAGGCAACAAAUGGGGAUGAUUGACAUCUAGAACAACCG